CAUCAAUCUUUGACUGGAAGAAACAUUCUACAAAACCCGGCGCCUACCUGAGCUAGGCAACAUCUUCACCCAUGAGCUGCAAAACCUCGCGCAAAACGAAGUCUAGACUUCGGGGAGUAAAAAAGCUUCGCAAGCAAUCUCAGAGUUUAGCACGUUAUUUCAAGCCAUUUCGGUUUUUAGACUUGCCCCCUGAGCUUCGAACCAAGAUCUACGAGUUCGCUCUUGUGUGUUGCGAUGUAAUUUCGAUCACCAGAAUCUCUCAUAAGGAAGGAUGUACCAAUAGAAGAAAGCUCGCCACCCUUCACCAUCAAAACUGCAAACUAGCAAACCGAGACACGCAUCCUGUUACUGAGCUCCUGCAGACUUGCAAGAAGAUUCGCCACGAGACGUCGUUCAUGUUUUACAACAACAAUGCCUUUGGAUUGGAGGACGACCCGACACUGAUUCUGUGGCUCGAAAUGAUUGGGCCCGCAAACCGAACAGCCUUACGAAGCCUCAUGAUUGAGGGGGACUGCUGUUACGAACAAGCCUCUAUAGGACCGUGGUUAGAUCCAUUGCAUAUUGAUCCGUGGCAUAUAUACGACCCAGACCACUCGUUCCUGAUGGCUCCCUCCCGCGAUCCAUACCGAAAAUUGACUGUUAGAAUCGGCGACCUCUUAUCUGAAUCAAUGCUUCUCGAAGCUCUAUACCUGCCGUGCGGAUACAGCUUCUGGAGGCUCCCAGUCCUGACAGUCGGGCGGCGCGAUGCAUAUCCCGUGCCCUGGCAAACCCAGAUUGCUCGCCGCAUCGCAGAGACUCUGUUCAAAGAUUUCCAAGCCUUUUUUGAGAAGCGCCUUUUACUAGAAAAAGAUACAGAAAAGCUCUCAAAGGUCAUCAUGGUCAAUGUCAUCAGCAGAAAGGACCGCAGCAAAACGUGGAGUCCAGCGGUAAAUGGUGUCUUGACCAAGAUAGAGGAAGGGGCAGGACACUUAAACUUAUUACUCAAGCACCUUCAACACAUACAAGUGGGAGGCAAGCUAUCACAAUUCUGCCUCCCUGAAAUUAUGUGGCAGGAUAGGGUACACACUUGAACAUUGAAGAAGUGGACGGUCGGAGGACUUUUUGAAGGUAACGAGAUUGCUUCGCUGAAUCAAGCCAGAUAUCUGCAACAGACGGUUAACCACUACAAAGGAUCCUUCAGCAUGGGAGAUCAGCUAUCUGUGUGGUUCUCUGAGGUCCACACAAGUAGAAUUGAAGUCAAUCCAAGUUAUUCGUGACAACAAGCGUCUCCUAAAU